AAAUAUUUAUUAAAUAAUUGUGCGUCGAAUUUAUUGGAUUCAUUAUCAGGAAGAAUUUUUGAAGAAAAAGUUACGAUUCAAACUCAUCGUGGCGGCACCCGGAAAGAAUCAGAUGAAGGGCCGCCACCAAUUCCGGCGGCGGUUCAGCCUCCAGCCGUCGUUUAUGAAGGACGACGAUGAGGAACGCAGUCAUCCGCCUAGUUUCAAUGCGGCACUGCGGUGUCAGAGCAUACCGGAAACCGAAACGGUACCCGGCGCGGCCGCCCCGGUCAAAGCACCGCGGACGCCGCGCAGCUCCCCGAGGCGAAUGGUAUCGCAGCGGAGUGAGGAGGGCGAAGCGUUGGACAACAAAGGCGAGGCAAAUGUGCGGCAUAAAAUCGUCGUGAUGGGUUCGGCCAAAGUCGGCAAAUCAUCGCUGAUCACACAAUUCUUAUACGGCACCUUUUCGCCGAAAUACAAACGCACAGUUGAGGAAAUGCACCACAGCGACUUUAAUGUCUCCGGCGUGCAUUUAAUGUUGGAUAUUUUGGAUACGUCAGGCGCGUAUGAGUUUCCAGCGAUGCGUGCGUUGUCUAUUUCAUCUGCGGAUGCGUUUAUUCUUGUCUAUGAUGUCACCAAUGCUGAAACUUUCGAUGAAGUACGCACGUUGAGAGAUCAGAUACAUGAAAUCAAAGGGGGCACUGCUGUUCCUAUCGUGAUUGUCGGUAAUAAAGUGGAUAUGGUUGGUAAUCGUGAGGUUGAUACAAGUACUACGGAAACAACAGCAACACUUGAAUGGGAAAAUGGUUUCGUGGAAGCAUCCGCCAAGGACAACAUCAACGUGAGCAAGGUGUUCAAAGAGUUGCUUGUACAGGCGAAGGUAAAAUAUAAUCUCAGUCCGGCCCUGCGUCGACGCCGACGGCAAUCAUUGCCGUCGCAUCCGGCGCCGCCUCCGGCCUCUCAUAACCCCUCGUCAGCUGUCAUCCCGUCCGCCGUUCAGCUGCAACAUCUUCAACAGCUGCGCGAUCGUCAUGGCAAACGCAACUCUUGCAUCAUUUCGUAAACAUACAUAACCGUAAUAUAAUGUCAACUUAACAUAUGCAACCUUAUACACAUUCCUCGACAUUCCAAUUAUUUUCAAUUUUGAUGUAACUUACUUAAAAUCUACACCAAACUAUAAGCAAUUUAUUAAGUGACAUAUUAAGAGAAAUCAAAAGUAGCUACUUACACCAAAGCCGCCAUUUUAUUUUUUCUCACAUACAUUAACACCAAACAUACACGCUCGUAUUUGCUACCGUUCAUAACAUGUGACGACACUGUGUGCUAGUACUCAUUACUCGUAUUUAUUCGAUUUUAUAACAAAAUAAACUUAACAACAAAAAAAAACAACUGUCAAUAUCAGUAUUGUGCUAAAUGCUAAACUUAGAAACUGGAAAAAUCGACAUGGUUGUAAUGAUGUACAAUGUACAGAUUAUUUAAGUUAUACUAUGCAACCCAAUAUGCAUAUACGCGACGUGGUAGUGUUGUAUUAAUAAGAAGAAUACAUAUUUCAAUAUGACACUUGCGACAAUCUUACAUAAAUAUCAAAAAUAUCAAUGUAAAGUUUCAUUCUCAACUGAAAUUUCGUAGAGGAACAAUUUAUUGUUAGACUCAUCGUAGGCAACCAGAAUAACACGUCUUUCGGACUGGUGCUUAAGAAAAUAUGUCCAAUAUUAUAUCAAAAUGUACUGAAUUACAUGCAUAUGUAUCAUAUUCAAUGUUUGCAAGUGUUGCCAGUAUUUAUUUAUAACAAACAACUAACAUUAUUAUAUCUGUGACGGAAAUAAACUAAAUAAAUUAUAUUGAAUUCAA